UUAUGUCAACUUGUGCGAUAUAUAAGCCAAAGCUGGUAGAUUUAAUGAUGUGAAAACAAUUAAAUCACUAAUGAAAGAAAGAGGGAUAAUAAAGGAAGUCGCAGGUUGUAGCAUCAUUGAACUCGAUGGAGUAGUUUUUGAAUUCUCAGUGAGAGGGUCCCUUGAUACGAAGUAUUGUGGGUCUUGAGUCAGCUGAAUAAUGAGGCCUAGUUAGAUUGAAAGGAAUGGGCUUUCGUAAAUCAGAGUAAUGAGAAUCAUGAAGGCCAGUUGUGACAUCACAGUAAUGAAAAAUCAUGAAAGUCAGCUGUGUGCAGAUUUCCUAUUGAGGUAGCCAACUGGAAAUAUCGAUUUAACUACCACAAGCAGUGUCCGCCAGUCGGUCAGGAAGUUUUCAUUCUCUGAAAAUUUUACCAGUCAAUAAUGAAAAGAGACUUUGUUUCAAGAAUUCUGGAGUUGGAUGAGACUGAUCCAAAGUACUUAAGAGACAUGGUCCUCAGCUUUAUGGUUGCUGGAAAAGACUCACUGGCUGUCACUCCUUCAUGGGUUUUUUUUGUAUGAUGUGCAAGCAUCUCCAUAUACAAGAAAAAAUUGCACGGGAAGUUAGAGAAGUAGUAAAUCUGAAAGACUAUUCAAGUGUUGAUGAGCUUGCAGCAGCCUUACUGAUGAAGCCCUUAAGAGAAUGCAGUAUCUCCAUGCGGCCUUGACUGAAACAGUCAGACUCUAUCCUGCAGUUCCAAUGGAUGUGAAAAAUGUGUUUUUCCGAUGAUACUUGGCCAGAUGGAUUUAGUUUUUAGAAAAGGAGAUGUAGUAACAUACCAACCUUUCGCCAUGGGCAGGAUGAAAUUUCUAUGGGGUGAUGAUGCAUAAGAGUUUCGGCCAGAAAGAUGGCUCGACCGAAAAGGCCAAUUCCAAGAUGAAAGCCCUUUCAAAUUCACCGCCUUCCAGGCUGGUCCAAGAAUAUGUCCAGGACAGGAACAUGCUUAUAUGUAUAUGAAGAUCUUUGCUGCUGUGCUUCUAGGCAGUUAUAUGCUUAUGCCCUUUCCCUAAGCACCUUUCAUGUAUUGGCCACUUCAGCAAUUCUGUUAGCCAUCUUUAUGUUUAGACCUCAUGCUGGAAGAUUAUGUGAGAAGAGAAAGAGAUCCCAUCCUAUUGCCGGAACUGUCUUAAACCAACUGAUCAACUUCCCUCGGCUGCACGAUUACAUGACUGAGCUUGCAUGCAAAUACAGAACUUACAGGUUGCUUGGCAUUUUCAGAAGUGAGGUUUACACCUCAGAUCCUGCAAAUGUUGAAUACAUGCUCAAAGCAAACUUUGCAAAUUACGGCAAGGGCUUGUACCACCACGACAUUUUGUCGGAUAUUGCAGGGGAUAGUAUUUUCACUGUGGAUGGGGAAAGUUGGCAACAUCAGAGGAAGUUAUCAAGCUACGAAUUCUCAACAAAAAUAAUGAGAGACUUCAGCCUGCAAAUCUUCAAAACCAAUGCAGUAAAACUUGCUGAAAUAAUUUCUAAAGCUGUAAGCUGCGACCAAGCAAUAGAAAUCCAAGAUUUGUUUAUGAAGUCAUUCCUAGACUCAAUCGUCAGAAUUCUUCUUGGUAUCAACCUAGACACCAUGAGUGGAACAAAUGAAGAAGGUGUCCGGUUUUCCUAUGUCUUUAAUGAAGUAAACGAACUUAUUCUAUAUCGUUAUGUUGAUUUCUUCUGGAAGAUCAAGCGGUUCUUCAACAUUGGUUCUGAAGCAGUGCUAAAAAAUCAUAUCAAAGUCAUAGAUCAAUUCAUGUAUAAAUUAAUAAAAAUCAAAAUGGAUGCAGUCCAUAAGUCGGAUGAAAGGCUACCACUAAAGAAAAGAGACUUUGUUUCAAGGCUUUUGGAAAUGAAAGAUACCGAUCCAAAGUAUAUUAAAGACAUGGGGGUUAAUUUUAUUAUUGCCGGGAAAGACACUGUGGCUACUGCUCUUUCUUGGCUUUUUUAUAUGCUCAGCAAGUAUCCUCGUAUACAAGAAAAGAUUGCGCAGGAGGUUAGAGAAGCAACCAAUCUGAAAGGUAAUUCAAGUGUGGAUGACUUUGCUGCCAGCCUUACUGAAGAAGUCCUCGACAAAAUGCAAUAUCUUCAUGCAGCUUUGACUGAGACUCUCAGACUCUACCCUGCAGUUCCAGUGAAUGCAAAGGUCUGUUUUUCUGAUGAUACCUGGCCAGAUGGAUUCAGUGUAAAGAAAGGGGAUAUGGUGGCGUACCAACCUUAUGCCAUGGGCAGGAUGAAGUUUCUAUGGGGUGAUGAUGCAGAAGAGUUUCGGCCAGAGAGAUGGCUCGAUGAAUAUGGCAUUUUCCAGCCAGAAAGCCCUUUCAAAUUCACAGUCUUUCAGGCUGGUCCCAGGAUUUGUUUAGGAAAAGAAUUUGCUUAUAGGGAGAUGAAGAUCUUUUCUGCUGUGCUUUUAGGGAACUACAUAUUCAAGCUAAGUGAAAAGAAAACUGGGGUCAAUUACAAGACCAUGAUCAAUCUCCAUAUUGAAGGGGGACUUUACGUGCUUGCCUCUCCAAGAUUGGAGCUUGAAGGAUCUUAUUGCGUUUAG